GCGUGGAUGCUUCGUAAGCAGCCUCAGCGAGCUGCUGUCCGUGAGACACAGCACUUGUAAAACUUCGCGACUCGAAGGACUACACUUGGUUAUUCGCAAUGGACGAUCUGGCAUAUUUGCACGACUGAGGUGCUGGUUGCUUGAGCGUCUUGCAGUUGCAGAACAGUCAUUCUAAAGAUGAAAACAGACCUGCAAAAACCAGAUAAGCAAUCGUGUAUCAGCCAUUAAGGUAAGACAUUAUCUCUAUAGCUUUUGUCAUACAUUCUGAAAUAUUUUAAGCGAUCGACAUUUGUUUAAACAAAGGAGAACGUCUUGAAGAUACAGAAGAAGCUGAAUUUUGUUUAGUUAUCACUACAUGCAAAACUCUACUUGCGUAAAGCAUAACCCAAAUGUCCAAGGGAAAUUGGCGAGCAGUGCCUGCUUGUCAGUGGAUAUCGCCAUAGUUGGACAGACAGCGCCGGACGCAAACAAAUAGUGAAGAAUGGCAGCGAUGAGCAGCUCUAACAUGAAGACCCUGGAGGACUUGACUCUGGACUCGGGUUAUGGAGCUGGGGACUCCUGCAAGUCUCUCAGUCUGUCUUCCUCCAAAUCCAACUCGCAGGCGUUCACCAGCGCGCCGCACCGGGGCAACUGGUGGUACUAUUCGGGGUCCAUGAACAGUAGAAACAACAGCUGGGACACGGUGAAUACUGUGCUUCCAGAGGACCCCGAGGACAUCUUCGCCAAGUGUCCCCGGUUGCCAGAGCUGGAGGAGUUCCCUUGGACAGACGAAGACGUUGGCAAGAUUCUCCACAAGGUCUGUGGCAAGGGGGCCUUUUUUUCCACCGACACUGUGCGAAGGCUCUCCACUCUUUUACGUAGGGCUCUGAUCCGAAUUUCGAGGGAAGCGCAGCGGCUGAGCGUCAUGCACUGCCGCUGUACGCGCUUCGAGGUGCAGAGCGCUAUCCGGCUGGUGCUCAGCUGGGCUCUCGCGGACAGCUGCGUUUCAGCCACGGUAAAGGCCAUCUCCCUAUACAGCAUGAGCGCCGGCGAGUGGCUGCGAAAGGGCAAGUCCACCCGCUGCGGGCUAACUUUCUCCGUGGGGCGUUUCUUCCGCUGGAUGGUGGACACCCGUAUCUCGGUGCGCAUUCACCAGUACGCAGCCAUCUGCUUGACGGCCUGCAUGGAGAGCUUGGUGGAGGAGAUCGGCGCACGGGUUCUGAUGGCGGAGCGACAGCAGAGUGGGGACGGUGGCCUUCCCAGCAGCGCGCUGACAGUGGACGCGCUAGAGGGGGUUGUGAACAAUGACGCCGAACUGUGGGGUGUUCUGCAGCCCUACGAACAUCUCAUAUGCGGGAAGAACGCCAGCGGAGUGCUGUCCCUACCCGCUCAUUUCAGCCCCUAUACAGAAGGCCAGAAGGGGGCGAUGGAGAGCCGAGAGGAUGCCUACGCCCAGUUGGAGCUGCGCACUCUGGAGCAGUCUCUCCUGGCCACUUGUGUGGGCAGCAUCUCUGAGCUCAGUGACCUGGUCUCACGAGCCAUGCACCACAUGCAGCGUUUGAGUGCGGUUCGGCCCGGACUGAGUCCCGCCCGCCACGCCCGCCAGCAGCCUGUGUGCUGGUCUCCCGAUGCCCUGCACACCCUCUACUACUUCCUGCGCUGCCCCCAGAUGGAGUCCAUGGAGAACCCCAACCUGGACCCGCCCAGGAUGUCACUCAGCAAGGAGCGGCCCUUCCUGCUGCUCCCACCUCUCAUGGAGUGGAUGCGAGUUGCCAUCGUUCACGCUGAGCACCGCCGGAGCCUAUUGGUGGACAGUGAUGAUGUCAGACAGACGGCCCGACAGCUCCUCCCAGGACUGGACUGUGAGCCCAGACUGCUGAAGCCAGAGUGCUGCUUCAGCUCAUUCCGGCGGCUGGACGCCAGAGCCGCUACUGAUAAGUUCCACCUGGACCUGGGGUUCCGCAUGCUGAACUGCGGCCGCACCGAUCUGAUUGGCCAGGCCAUCGAGCUGCUGGGGCCAGAGGGCGUGAACGCCAUGGACGACCAGGGCAUGACGCCGCUCAUGUACGCAUCAUCAGCAGGGGACGAGGCCCUGGUGCAGAUGCUGAUCGAUGCUGGGGCCAAUAUGGACGUGGCGGUUCCUGGAUACUCCCCUCAGUACCCCUCUGUGCACCCAGACAGCCGGCACUGGGCUGCCCUGACCUUCGCUGUGCUGCACGGCCACCUCUCAGUGGUGCAGCUCCUCUUGGAUGCGGGGGCGAACGUGGAGGGUGCUGCAGUCCGAAACGGGCAGGAGAGCUCUGCUGACACCCCUCUGCAGCUGGCGUCCGCAGCAGGUAACUAUGAGAUGGUGAGCCUGCUCCUGGCCCGGGGGGCGGACCCCCUGCUGAGGGCAAAUGACGGGAACGUGCUGACAUCAUCGCUCUAUGAGGACAUGAACUGCUUCAGCCACGCCGCUGCACAUGGGCACAGGAAUGUGUUGCGUAAGCUGCUUACCCAGCCGCAGCAGGUUAAGGAGGAUGUUCUCUCUCUGGAGGAGAUCCUGGCUGAGGGGGUGGAGGAGGGCGGAGCCAGGGGCGGGGACAGGGAGAGGCCCACGGGGCGCCCACCCUCCAGCCCAGGUUGCAUCAUCGAUGGGGGAUCAGUGAUCCCCAAACUUUCCAAGGGUCGAAUGAAGGCUCUGCAGGAGGCCACCUACUACAGCUCGGAGCAUGGAUACCUGGACGUCACCAUGGAGCUGAGGUCUCUAGGUGUUCCCUGGAAACUGCACGUGUGGCUGGAAUCCCUGCAUCGUGCCCACCAGCAGUCCUGCAGUGGGGUAACCCUGGCCCUCCUCAGAGAGUUCACCUCCAUCCGAGAGGAGGAGUACUGUGAGGAGCUGAUCUCCUUUGGCCUCCCUCUCAUGUUCACCAUCUUCAGAACCAGCAAGAAUGAUGCUAUAAUCCAACAGCUGGCCACCAUCUUUAGCCACUGCUAUAGCUCCGCCCCCCUGCCCACCAUUCAGGAGGCCAAGCCUAACCUCUCUGCGCAGCUAGACCCUCACUUCCUGAACAAUAAGGAGAUGUCGGACGUGACGUUCCAGGUGGAGGGCAAGCCAUUCUACGCACACCGGGUCCUGCUAAUUACAGCCUCUGACAGGUUCAAAGCUCUGUUGGGGCCUUCUGGUCCAGAUGGUUCUGUGCAGGACUGCAAGAGCAUCGAGAUCAGCGACAUCAAGUACAGCAUUUUCCAGAUGAUGAUGUCAUACCUGUACUGUGGGGGGGUGGAGUCAAUGAAGGUGGCGAUGCCUGAUGUGUUGGAGCUGCUGUCAGCUGCCAGCCAGUUCCAGCUGAAGGUGCUGCAGAGACACUGCGAGGUCACCUGCACUCGGAGCAUCGACCUGGACAACGCUGUCAGCAUCUACCAAACUGCCAAGGCCCACGGGGCAGCAGAGCUGAGCGCAUGCUGUGAGGGGUACUUCCUGAAGCACAUGCCUGACCUGCUGGAGAGGGAGUCGUUCCGCGGGUUGGUCCUGGGGGCCACUGGGGCCCGGAUGGGGCCCAGCCGGAACACCCCCCUGGAGGAGCUGGAAGGAGCGCUUUCACGCAGGCUGUGUUCUCUCUACAUCACCUCCCGGGUAUGAGCUGCCAUGUCCUGCCACACCCAUCCACACCCAGAAUAUUGUGGACUUACCUGAGACGCUGAAGGAGGAAAAGGAGGAGGCGUGUCCAGGAGUGAGGAAGACUGAGUGGCGUGUUAGGUGGCCAUAACCGCCUCCCCUUGUGGGGAACCAGCAAACUGCAGUGUGCUUUGGGGAUUUGCCCCUUUUGGGUGCAGUGUGCAGACUCACUGAUCUUUAAAUCAUCUGGAUGGUUGCUUCCCUUCAAAGAGCUCAGUGUGACAAACAUUGCUCCUGCUAGACAGGCUUAGAGAAACUCAUACUGCGGUGCUGCUGCCCUCUAGUGGCCACUACUGUUCAUGUCACACAUGGGAGAUAAGGGGCUGAACAGUAUUACUGGAAUUUGUGCCAAUUCUCUUCACCAAUCAGAGAUGUCUUUGAAUGCACCUGCCACGUCUAAUGGAUCUCCGUUGUGACCCAACAAUUUUUGAUCAAUGAUGUGGUUCUAUUCAAAAAACAAUUUACAGCAAAGUUAUAUAAAUGAAUAAACAUUUUAUAAAUAGAUUAAUGGACAAAAGAACAAGUUCUCUUUGUACAAAUAAUGCACUUGGUUGCAGUCUUGUGGGAGUAAAAUAUAAAACACAAUGGUUAAGCUGGGGUUGUUUACUGCAAAAUUUUGUGUUUAGGUCAAUGCUACCUAAUCCAGAGGCAAAGACCAACAAAGAAUACCCCCUUCUGGAAAGACUGAAAUAUUGUGUAGAACAUAAUCAUGAAUGCUAAAUCUCUGUAGAAUCUUAAAUAUAUCAUGUUUUAUUUAAGGAAACAUAGCUGUGUUAAACAGGUACUGUGGCCAAGCUGUACUGGUGGAAAAAUACUCUUGUGUAAAAACUAAAAAGGCGAUGAACAUGUGUCUUAAUGCCUAAAAAUGUGCCAGUGCUCAAAUACUCCAUGUUAAGGGUGAAUAAAAUUUGCAAAUUUUUGCUUUAAAACAGCCCCUCCUCCCCAAUCCAGUCUGUGCCUUUCCUUUGUCUUAGCUAAGUAACACAUUCACACUACUUCUACUCUUUGCAGUGUAGAAGACACGCUUUAUAAAAACUUUGUAACCCUCAGUUAGUUGCAGUAAAACAUUAAUUUUCUACCAAUGAAGACCUGUUGUUUAUAGACAGCAUACAUUUUUUUAAAAACAAUGUAAAAAAUUUGUCUAUCCUUCUCUGAGGUAGUUAAACACACACACUUUAUCCCCUGCGUUGCUUACAAAACCACACACACAAUCUGUCCUUUUCUCUGUGCAUUACCAUGACUACAGAGUCAAAGUCUCUUACAGCUUACACAAAAAUGUUUUUUUUAUUGUCGCUGUUUAACAGUUGACUGUAAUUUAGCCAUUGAAAAUACACUUCUUCAACAUUUAGUUAGAAUAUUCUAGAUGCAUUAUGACCAUGAUUUUGUGUUAAAACUCAUUUUAAAUGUUUUUAAUUGUUCAGUGAUAUGUAUUACAUGAUGUGAAGGUUUUAUAUAUUAUAUAUAUUACAAAAAUCUAUUACCAGAGUAAAAAUGAAGUAUUCGAAGUGUUGAAUGAACCAGAUAGAUAAAUGCUGUAAACCACCCAACUAUCAGCAAGACAUCUAGCAGGCAUUUCUAAUAAUUGUAGUUUAGGAAUUUAUUACAAGAGGCAAUGGUGAUUAACAGAGCUACAGCAUUUAAAAAUAUUAUUUUACAUUUAUUUUCAAUUCAUUAUUUUAUGUGGGUUUUAGCAUCUGGCUUAAAUUGUUGAUAAUCUGGGGCAAAAAUGGCUAAAUUAAAAACAUGGAUUGCUGGGUGGCCCAUCCUGUUCAGGCACUGUUUCAUAACUGAUAAGUGAGUGUUGAUGAACAUGAUUUGGCAUUUCAAAUUGGGGAGAAUAAUUAAAAAAAAAAAAUGGAACAUAUAAGAAAAUAAGAGUACCCAUAUUUCCUUGAGGUACAGUAUCUGUUUGGGGAAGAUUCUGCAUUACAUGGAAUUGGCAGCUCUUAGCUUUUGAGGGCACAAAUUACACAAUCAGACAGUGUAUUGUUUCCUACGAUGUAAAUCUGUAUGAUGCACUGUGUCCAUACUGACAGUAACAUUUGUAUGUCUGGUCUUAUCUGAGUAGUAACCAACCCUGCAGAUAUACUGUCCUAUAGGUUUUCACUCCAGCCCGAACAAAGCACACCUCAUUAACAGCUAGAGAUCUCAUUGAGCUGCGUUGAUGGUUGGAGUGAAAUCAGACAGGAUUGUAGAUCUCUAGUAACGGGGUUGGUUACUGUAUUAUCUGAUAUUGGGUGAGUAUGCAGUGUGAUAGGAAAGCACUGUGUUUGACCUCUGCUGGUGGUCAGUGGUAUUGAGUGCACACACACACUCAGGGCCUGAUUUACGAAGACCUUUAGCACGUGCAAAGUUUUUUAGCACACACAAACCUAAUAACACAACAAAUGAUUGGUGCAAAACAAAUACCAUGACCAAUCAUUGGCCAUUUUAUUGGUUUAGCUAAAAGGUUUCACAAGCACUAAUGGUCUUAGUACAGUCAAUCAGGCCCUCAAUCGUGUCUGACACAAUCACAGCCAGAGCUAUGCAUCCCCCUUUACAGUCGCAUCUAACAGAGGAGUCAGGCCAGUCAGCUGUGUUAAACAUGGCACAAAACCUAUUUUUCCAAUAUUCAAGUCAAAACCGAGUUAAAUUUACAGCUGCAGAAAUCAUUUAAAACUUGUCAAAGGUAAAAGAUUAUCAGCGUGACUGUAGAAAUGUAAAGAAUGUGUCAAUUCUUGUCUGACCUCAAUACUAUGAGCAUACUAUGUGUUGUUAUGACUUCUAGGCUUUCUGUUUGGAGUCUUAAUGCUUUGUGUAUAUAUAUUUAAUGUUAUUUUUUUAUUUGCAUUUAAUUUUUAUUAAAAAUCUUAAAACAGA